AUGGUAGGCGGGAACAACGACGAAUGGCAAGGAUACACGGUGUCGCUUCCUUUCUCGAGCAUCUACGCGUACGUUAACAAGCAGUUUGAGACGUCGCGAUGUUUGCUUGAAGGGGAGGCAGUUUUCGAGGCUGGACAUGUGGUAGAAUGCAGCGUUGUACAUGGGAACAGCGUCUGCACGAGCUUCAUAGCGCUGGUCCUUCAAACAUCAGCACUGAGCAAGGACCCUCACCAGAUUACCGUGGCCAUCAAGGAACGAAUUGUGGACCGCGCAUCAUGCACAUGUAAAGCAGGGAACUACAGAUGCAAACACAUAGUUGCUGUGCUGCUGCACAUCAACACAACAAAGGAGUUUGCAGUGCUGUCACAAACCGAGAUGCCCCAGAAAUGGGGAAAAGCACAGAAGCAAUUUGUCCAAGAGAGCGGUUCAUAUCAGGCAAAAACGAGGGAAAUGCCAGUGCUGGAAGAUGAUGUCCUCGACCUCCUAUUAAAGGGGCUCCCGUACGAAUCAGCAGCCCUCCUUCACAGACAAGAAGGGCCUCUGCCUUGCCUCUCCUCAGAUAGCUAUGCUGAAGCAGGAUGCAUCCAGACACAUCAUGCCCCACUGCCCCGUACCAUAAAAGAAGUGGUGAGACAUCUGUACGAGGCACAACAAAAGGAUGGCACCACUGCAGUUGACAUAGGUGCGAUAUACAGUCAGCUGAAGGACUUGUACACAGACGACGAUCUGUCUGCAAUCGAAGAGCUAACCAGGCAGCAGAGUGCUUGCAAGUUGUGGAAGAACUACAGGAUUGGAUUGAUCACUGCGUCAAUUUCCUACUCAGUGUACACGAGAGUAAGAACACUUCAAACUAAAUGUGGACCCCAUGAUGUGCGAUCACUUUUGAAGACCAUCAUGCGAACACAGACAGUGCAAACGCCAGCAAUGAAAAGAGGACUGCAGUUGGAGUGUACUGCAAAGAAGCAAUACUUAAACCAGCAGAGCAACCACGGAGACCUGGAGAUCAAAGAAUGUGGUCUCUUUAUUUUGAAAGACUACCCUUUCAUUGCGGCCACACCAGAUGGACUUGUAAAGUGCAAGUGCUGUGCUCCACGCACACUAGAAAUCAAAUGUCCGUCGAGCGUUGCUGCAUUUAGGAAAGUGCACAUGUUGCAGAGAGAAGACAAUGCACUGAAGCGUACUAGUCACUAUUAUGCCCAAGUACAGCUGCAGAUGGGAAUCACAAACACGAAGUCAGCUGACGUGUUUGUAUAUGAGAGCCCAGAAGUGCACCUGUUAUUUAACGUGCAGUUUGACAUCGAGUUUUUUAAUGAUGCUAUUCAAAGGUUUCAGUACUUCUUUAGAGGUUAUGUUCUUCCUUGUCUGUUUACGCCACAAAGUUGUGAUUUCAUGUAG